AUGAGGAGUCUGUGUAUAGAGUUAACAGAGAACAAUAACUCGCUAGUCGAAAGAUCCUUAUUUAUUGUGGGUGGAGUCGGAAAGAGUACGAGAUAUGAUUAUCGUUUCAUCCCCGAUUAUCGCUUCAUUCGCCCCGUUGGACUAUUGAGUCACGGUUUGGGUCACGCAACCUAUGGGCAUAAACCCGUGAAUCCUGCCGUCUUACAUCAUGGACUCGGACACGGAUUAGGUCAUGGAAUUGGAAUCGGUCAUCAUGGACUCGGACAUGGAAUUGGUCAUCACGGACUCGGACACGGGCUCGGACAUGGUAUCGGACAUCACGGUCUCGGACAUGGAAUUGGUAUAGGUCAUCAUGGUAUCGGCCAUCACGGUCUUGGACACGGAGGUCACGGAGGUCACGGAGGAAUACCUUUCGUUGGUGGGCAUGGCUUUGGUAUUCCAGCUGGUGUUGGCCAGNUCCCUUGGUCUUCCUCUUGGUGUGCCACUGAUAAGAUAUUAAGUAAUAUAAUUUAUACUGCGCUUAUCUUGCUUGCUUUUGUUGCUAUCACUGCAUCUGCUUAUAUUGGAGAUUAUUAUUCCGGAUAUUACGGAUAUCCAGGAUAUUAUGGUCGUGGUCUCUAUGGAGGUUAUGGACAUUCAGGAUAUUACGGACGUGGAUUGUAUGGAGGUUAUGGAUAUGGGCGUGGAUUGUAUGGAGGUCACUGGGGAGGAUAUCCAUACCACAGAGGUUAUGGUGGUUAUUAUUGGUAA